AAUAAUACAUCCAUCAAGUACUUAUUCAAUUACACUGCAUUGCAGUAUAAUAAUAAUUAUAAAUUUCUUUAAAUAAAAUAUUUAAAAAAGCAAUUAAGUGUACGUUAAUUGUUUAUCUAUUGUUAUACUUGGUGGAAUGGUGUUGUGUUUGUCGUGCGUGUGAGUGUGUGUUGUAUGUGUUUGUUUUGGGUAAUAUAACGGGGUUUUUUGUGUCCACUUAAAUGAGAUUCAAAUAAAAUUAAAAAUAAAUUACAAGCCCCAUUUCCGGUGGACAUCCAUAUAAUAUUACUACCGUUACUGUUAUAAUCCUCCAUAUACUCUCGAUUGGUCGGUGUUGUGUCGUGUGUUGUGUAUUGGUGUCGGUGUUUUGUCACUGCAUUAUUACUUUUGUUUAUUAUUUGUUUAUAAUUAAAUUAAAUUAACGAUCACACACAAUUCGUUUGCAAUUUAACACGGUAAUUGAACACGUGUUGUGUUUGUGUGUGUGUGUUAUAAAUCUGUCUUGUUUGGUCUGUCGAUUAUAACUGUGUUUUUGUGUGUUCAGUGAAAUAAAAAAAAUAUAAAAAAAAUGACACUACUUCUCCGUUCAGGCGUUUCCAUUGGAAUAAUAUUGGCACUUCUUAGCGCCGUCAACAGUCAUCUGAAUGUGUAUUUGAAUUUGCACGAGAUGAUGCGUUUAAUAGGUGUCUCCGCCGAACUCUAUUAUGUCCGUGAUGGCCAUCUAAACGAUUAUGCGCUGAAUUUUGCAGUUCCUGUCCCAUCGAAUGUCAAAGAAAUAUCCUUUACAUGGCAAAGUUUGGCUGGCCGCCCAUUGCCCUACAGCAUCAACAUAGUCACCUCCGAACCAGCAGUCCUGCCACGACCCACUCUUAACAUAUCGCGCAUUGGCGAAAUACCACUCGAACCUCUAACCUUUUCCAUUGGCAUGAAAUGCUCGGGCAUUCGCGAAGCCGAAGUCGAAGUCACUAUUGCCGUUGAAAUUAUUUUGGACCGAGCAACGAACAAUGUGACUGAAUUGGUUUUCCGCCGGAAGAAAAUCUGUUUGGCUGGCAAUCAAGAUGACGACAAUGACGCAACUGCCAGUGGCGGCGGCGGUGGGAGUGGUGGUAGUGGCAAUGAUGGGAUGCUCUACCCGACUUCUUCAGAGGAUCCACUAUUAAAGGAAACUCUAGCGCCACCACCUCACAACGGCCUGAUUACGCUGAUAAUCGGUGGUAUUUUGGCUCUUGUCCUAGUGGCCACUCUGAUUUUGAUCGCGUACUGCGCCAAAGGACCGACCAAGCGGCAGAAUCAUCAUGGCGUGCAUUUGAUUAAAACCUCGAGCUUUCAGCGACUGCCAACGAUUUCCUCGACAGCGCACAAUUCGAUUUAUGUGUGUCCGUCGACGAUAACGCCGACAUAUGCCACACUGACACGACCAUUUCGGGAAUACGAACAGGAACCGGAGGAGUUCAAUAGGCGCCUCAGUGAGCUUACCGUACAAAAGUGUCGGGUGCGUUUGUCCAGCCUGCUGCUUGAGGGCGCCUACGGACGCGUCUACAAGGGAACCUACAACGAUUGUCAGGAUGUUUUGGUUAAGACGGUUGCCCAACAUGCCAGUCAAAUGCAAGUGUCACUGCUGCUUCAGGAGGGUCUGAUGCUGUAUGGAGCCUCACACCCUGGUCUGCUGACGGUGCUGGGUGUGUCCAUUGAGGAUUACUCGACACCGUUCGUCCUCUAUCCGGCUGCAAAUAAUACAAGGAAUUUGAAGCUGUUCCUGCAGGAACCGAUAUACUCUCGUACGAUUACGACCAUUCAGACGGUACUGAUGUCAUCGGAGCUGGCCAGUGCCAUGGGGCAUCUGCAUACGCACGGAGUCAUUCACAAGGACAUUGCGGCCAGGAACUGUGUAAUUGAUGACCAGCUGAGGGUUAAACUGACAGACAGUUCACUGACGCGUGACCUCUUCCCUGGUGACUAUCAUUGUCUGGGCGAUAGCGAGAAUCGUCCUGUGAAAUGGAUGUCGCCCGAGGCUUUAGCAAAGAAACAAUAUUCGGAGGCUAGCGAUGUCUGGUCGUUCGGGGUGCUGAUGUGGGAGAUGUGCACGUUUGCUAAACAACCAUAUGCCGAAGUCGAUCCAUUCGAGAUGGAGCACUAUUUAAAGGAUGGAUAUCGAUUGGCGCAGCCUUUUAAUUGCCCAGAUGAAUUGUUUACCAUAAUGGCCUACUGUUGGGCACAACCAACUACAGAACGUCCAUCAUUUGUACAAUUGCAGCUUUGUCUUUCUGACUUCCAUACUCAAAUAACACGUUACGUCUAAAAGUUUUAAAUUAAAAUAAUUU